UGCGUCUGGAGGCGGCUCGCCCGGUGCUCGGCGACGCUCUCGGUGUGGCGAGCGGGUUCUGGGAUGCUGGACUGCCUGUGGCGCAAGCCGGUGUGACUCCCACAUGACCGAGAUGUCGCGCCACACAUCGAUCUGCCCACACCGACCCGAUCUGCACAACACCACCCCAGCCGGCCCUGCCACGAUCAGCCAUGAUGUCCUCCUCCUCAGAUCCUGCAUAUCGCACCACCGAGAUUCGGCUUGCGCAGCAUAUCGAGCGCCUGCUUUCCGACGACGGCUGCCACGUCGACCUCCCUCUGCGAAAGCUCCUUCUGGGGGACCAGGGCUGUACGUAUGCGUCCGAGCAAAUCUCACUCGACAUUGCCCGAGUGCUUGUCCUGUCCUGCCGGGGUUCCGAUCGACUUUCUGCUCAACACCAAGCGGCUCUCGGGAUUUCCCAACGACGACGCUGUCAUCGCCAAGGCUCUGCGAGCCCAUGCCUCAGCGUCGAUAGAGGUCAACAAGGAUGGACGACGGAUUCGCCGCAAAUCGCCCGCAAACGUCUCCAAGCUUGCCGAACUCGACAGCCGGACCAUAUAUCUUGAGCGGCUUCCCCCCAACUCAACCGCCGAUGACAUUCGUGGGGCUGUGGCUGCGCUUGUGCCCGUCAGCUCGGUGUGCAUUCCAUUCGAGGGCCGAAAUGGCGCCGAUCGGACCCUGGGCAAGUUUGCGUUUGUUCGACUGGAGCGCCAAGCCGAUGUCGCAAACGCUGUCCAGGCUCUCAACACCAUGACAAAGCUCACGCCCAGGAUGGUCAGCAACCAAGCAGCCCUGCCACCAGGUGAGAGGCUGCUGCGGUGUCUCGACUUUGCCAGCUGGCGAUCCCUGAGCGAAGAAUACCAAGCACUGCUGGAAUAUAACAAAAAUGUACUGCGAGAAACGCUUGAACAACAGAUCAACCGGCACGGCCCUGCGGUGUUCGAACAAGGUGUCGUUGCCGAGUUCACCGGGACGCAUUCGCAAACCAAUACCAAGACUUUGAAGCGCAUGUUUGAGUCGGUAGCGCCUGUGGCAUAUUUGGACUGCCGACGAUCGAAAGGCAGUGGCCGGGGCCACGUACGAUUCAAGACCCCUUAUGGCGCUCAGCUUGCCGAACUGUAUUUCAAGCGCGAGUCUAUAGUGCAAAUUCACGGACAAGAUAUCGGCACCCUCUAUUCCAAGGCCAAGCAGAGCAUGGCGCAUCGCAGCAACCAAGAGCCGGGGCCACAGCACGAUCCAGCGGUCCGACCCGACCCGGCUCUGAUCAAGCUCAGGAUCAUCAGGGGCGACGAAGAGCGGCAGUAUUGGAGCCGGAUUCAAGGACAGCAGCAUGAAAAGUACACCGAACACGACGAAGAACAGCAGCACGGCGAGGGCGUCGAGUCCAUGCGUACUCUCGAUGCAGCAUCCACGAGUCAUGUUGCUGCUGACUCCAUCGCAGCGAGAGCAAAGGAUGAGGCUCCCCCCAAAGCAACCCGAGCGGCAAGCACACCCGAGACCAUACCCAAAGUCACCAGGCAGAAACGCCACGCAGCAGUGAAGGCGGCGCCAGUGAUGCAUGUUCGGUUCGAUGCCUCCGAGCCAGAGGACGACAGCGACGGGGAUGCAAUCGAUACGGCGCAGCUCCCGAACCAUAGCGACAGCACCAAGCGAAGCCGAGCCAGCAACGACGACGGGCCAGAGUCAGAUGGCGAGGGUGGCGAACGGCCGCUGACCAAACGGGCUCGAAGGGACGACGAGGAAUGAGGCGAAUCGCCACCUUUGCCCGCUGAGGCAGCAUUGCUUUGUUUCUGCAAAGCGGAGACAUGGCAGCGCAGGAUUGCGCAGCAGAAUACAUGAAGUAUCUUGCGAGAA